CCUUGUGCAGAUCCAGAUCCUCUCCUCGGGGACCAGGUACCUCCAAGAGGCCGAUCCGCUCUGCAGCAAACCCGCCGGACCGCAACCAGGCGUCCGAGCUGUUGUGGAACUUCUGAUUUUUUGGGGGGUACCUCUUGCUUGGCGACUUCGGUGGCGCGCUGCAAUUACGCACGACUUGGAGGAAGAAUCUUUAUCACGGCAGUGGGCUUUUUGUGACGAAAAUUCAUAGAUAGCCAGUAUCAUUUAUAAUUUGGUGUUUGCACUAAUAUUGUUUGGCUUGAUUUGAGUUGUUGAUUUGUUUAUAGUCUGGAUAGAGGAGGCAUGAAGUUCAUCUCCGGUAUAUUUUACGCACAGGUGUAAAGGCGCAGCGCCGUCACAUCUACAGGUGGAAGCGCAGGUGCUUGGUUCAACGGCCCUGUCACAGAACAAAGGAAGGACGAGGCCGCCAAGGAAAACAUAAAACAACAACUUAGUGACAAACAACCCGAAGAAGAAAAAAAAAGAGGGAGGGAGAGAGCGAGGGGGGUGAGAGACAGAGAGAGAGAGAGAGAGAGAGAGAGAGAGAGAGAGAGAGAGACACCCCCUCGAGACUAGCUAAGAGACCCAGCCCCCGGUCCGAGAGAAGGAGAGAGAGAGUGAGGGAGUGAGGGAGUGUUUUAAAGCCAGCAGGAGGCAUGAUGUCGUACAUUAAGCAACCCCAUUACGCCGUGAACGGGUUAACGCUGUCCGGCCCGGGCAUGGAUCUGCUCCACUCCGCCGUGGGAUACCCCAACACUCCGCGUAAACAGCGUCGGGAGCGCACCACCUUCACACGCGCACAGCUGGACAUCCUGGAGGCUCUGUUUGCCAAAACGCGCUACCCAGACAUCUUCAUGAGGGAGGAGGUGGCCCUCAAGAUCAACCUGCCCGAGUCCCGAGUCCAGGUGUGGUUCAAGAACCGCCGUGCCAAGUGCCGCCAGCAGCAGCAGCAGAGCACGGGCCAGUCCAAACCGCGCCCCCCCAAAAAGAAGGCAUCGCCCGCUCGGGAUGCCAACUCCGAGGCCAGUGCCAACCCGGCCAACGGACCCUACAGCCCUCCGCCCCCUCCUCCGGGCACCGCCAUCAACCCCAGCUCCAGCGCUGCCAGUGCCACGGUGUCCAUCUGGAGCCCGGCCUCCAUCUCCCCGCUGCCGGACCCCCUGUCCGCCUCCAGCACCCCGUGCAUGCAGCGCGCGUCCGCCUACCCCAUGACCUACACCCAGGCUCCGGCCUACAGCCAGAGCUACGGGGGCUCCUCCUCCUACUUCACGGGCCUGGACUGCAGCUCCUACCUGUCCCCCAUGCACCCGCAGCUGUCGGGCACCGGGGGCGCCCUGAGCCCCAUCACGGCCUCCUCGAUGGGGGGCCCCCUCAGCCAGUCCCCCGCCUCGCUCUCCUCCCAGGGCUACACGGCCGCCUCGCUGGGCUUCGGGGCCGUCGACUGUCUAGACUACAAGGACCAAGCUGCCUGGAAGCUCAAUUUCAACGCCACUGACUGUCUGGACUACAAGGACCAGAACUCCUGGAAGUUCCAGGUCUUGUAAAUGACGAGCGGGAGGUGGUGGAGGGAAGGAUCGGGGUGGUUUGACCAAGAGGCGACAGUUACGGUUCCCGAGUUAAAGCAUCUGUACAAUAUCUAAUCAGCGAGAAAAGAAAAACAGCUUUACUUGUGCCGUUCGAGUUGUCGUGAUUUUAAAUGCACCGGUGAAGAGAUCAUGCACAACAAAGGUGCGUCCAUUUGAUUGACAAAUCAGUAGUUUCGGCGUCAGAACCUGCUCCACUUGGACCAGCAGGUUUGGUGACACGUGAACAGCCACUAAAAAUGUGACUUUUAAAAGCACACGAACCAAUCAGAGCCCAUGUUCAUGUCUUUCCUUCUAUACUUUGUCUUGUACUUUACAGAAAUAUAUAAGUAUAUUUUUUUUUUGUAAAGCUGCUUUUCCAUCAGCGAGCUGACUCAAAAAGCUUUGAGACCCCCCCCCCCCCCCCCCAAAAAAGGGGACUCAAACCGACCCCGGCCGUGACAUCUCGAGGGGGGCCGAUGAUCCAACGACACGUGAGAAACGCUUUAGCAGACAGAAGCUGAUGA